GCGUGUUCCCACAAUUCCUUGCGGCACAGCUGUACAUUUCAUAUUUGAUUAAAGGAGCUGCGUUCCUACGCUGAGAAUCGUUUCAAUAUUUCCAAAUACUGAGCCUCGCUGACGAAAUGAUGUGCGACACCACAAACCGCAGUUUUAGGACGCAGCUGGCCGUUAUUCUGGAUAAGCUAACAAAGGCGGCUCUGGUUGAAAUAAGCAACCUGGCUGAUGAGUGCUCCUCCGUCCUUCACACCGAGAUAUCCUUGCACAAGACGGAGAACGAGGCGCUGAAGAAGAGGUGCUACUCUUUGGAGGUCCAGCUGAGAGCAGCGAGGGAGGCACAGACGUACCCCGAACACGUCAACAACAGCGUCAGUCGCCGGGAUCGGCACCCUGCAGAACAGCACCAACCUGCUCCAGCCAUUGAUGGAGUUUUUGGGAAGGACUGGUGCAUGGACCUGUGGAGAGAAGAGAAGCUGCCCUCUCAAAGAAGAGAACCAGUGGAGACUGCCGCUACAACCAGCAUGGGAGCUGCGGCAAUCAAUAUGAUGGAAAGAGAACCUGAUCUGAUUUUUGUCAAGGAGGAGAUGUUUGACGAUUAUCCCAUUGGACAGCAGAGGAGGCUCACAGACAACAGAAAAAUUGUUGGGAUGUUUGAAGAGGACAGCAUGCUUCAAAGAUCUGUUGAUGAUCUCCAACUUCACUCGGGGGAAUUGAACAACUUCUCUAUGACGACUGACAGUGAAAUACAGCAACGCGCACAGCCGACAAUUAUGGACAAAUUAAUAGACGAUGCGGCGAUGGGCGCUCUGAUUAACAACACAAAUCCUCCUUCAGUUGCCACAGAAUACUCAGACUAUACGAACAGUAUUCACAUGAACGCAACCAAAGAACUCAACCUUCAGGAAAAACCGGUGAAGCCAACCAAACAGUUUGAGUGUUUAUUUUGUGGAAAAAUAUUCAACUAUUUAAGCAGCCUGAAAGUCCACAUUAGGCGACACUCGGGCGAGAAGCCCUUCAGCUGCCCAGUGUGCGGAAAGAGGUUUGCACAGAAGACGUACCUGAAACUGCACCAACGUGUGCACUCGGGUGAAAAGCCGUACAGCUGUCCAGACUGUGGAAAAAGUUUUUCUCAGAAAAGCUCUUUGAAUAUACAUAUCCGGACACACACGGGUGUAAAGCCUUAUAGCUGUGUGGAUUGUGGGAAAUGUUAUGCGUACAAGUAUGGUUUAAAUCACCACCAGUGUUUCAAUUUGUCGGUCAAACCAGAAGCUUUUGACAGAAGUGCUCUCAGUAUCACCCACAGUUGCUCAUCAUCUGCCAACAUGUCCAUAUAACCCUCAACGUGGUUUAAAAACAUUAUGAAGAUUUGAAAUACUUGUUCUAUUACAAAACCAACUUUAAUGCCCAUGUGGUUAUCAUUACUGCUCAUUCUUUGGCACGCUUUUAGCUUUGCUGAAUUUGCAUUUGUAACAACAGCCAACAACAGUAUGGAAAAUAUGUGUCCUUUUUUAAAUGAGCCAUUAGACUGAUGGGAUUCAGUUUGACUGGUUGGAGUCCCCAAGACAUUUCACAUCACGCUUAACAAGGAAAUGAUCAAAAAUGAGAGAGAACUUCUGAUCCAUGAUGAAAAAAAAAAAAAAAAAAAAGCUUUGCCGGCUUCUCAUCCAUGCACGUGUAACAUGUUUAAAUACCUCAUGUUUCAGACCACAAAAGGCUUGCCCAAGCUGGUGGCAAAAUAAUUACUUUAGGCAGGUUCUCCAUGAUUUGCACAUGUGUAGCAUAAACCUUCAAACUACCUCUUCACAUCAAAAUAGAAGUAGAUUAAAUCAGUUUGUGUCAUGUUUUAUAUUCCACAUAUGCCUAGACUUAUUUUUAGGCAACAUACAUUGUUUCUUUGAAAAAAAUGUUAUUGAUAUUUAAAAAAAAAAAUGCUUGUGUUUGUCAUAUAAUAUUUGAAUGAAUUCCAAAAAGUUUCAAGAUUAAGUAGUGUUACUGUUUGAAAUAAAUAUUUAUAUUGUGUUGAACUGUCUUAAUGUCCAAACGGAGAUUUACAACAAAUGUUCCUGUAAUAAUUGCCCUGAACAGUCUACGCUGACCCAGCUCAGUGAAUUAUAUUUACCAAAGAAAAAUCUGUUCCUGAAACUCCUCCCCUUUGUACUCACAUGCACGUUCAUCGUUAUAA